AUGCAUAAAGAUAUGCAUAAAAAAGUGUAUGAAGAUGUGCAUGAAGAUAUGCGUGAAGAUAUGUAUAAAGAUGUGUAUAAUGAUCCUGAUCUUAGAAUCACAACCAUGACAGAAGAUCCAAUCCAAAAAAUCUUUGAAAAGAUUUUUGUUAAUGAUUUAUGGUCAUGUAACUCACCUGUUAAGAAGCCAUAUUACUCUGCUAAAAUCUAUCCUAUUAUUUGCUACCAAUGUAGAAAUAAAGAAAUUUAUAAACCUGAGAAAAUUGUGAUUGACCAUUAUGUGGUAACUGUGGUG